AUGUCAGCCAAUUCAUCACUCAGUCAAGUCGAACCCGAGACGGAUUCUUCAUCGAUUUACGAUCUGACGUCUUCUUUGGAGCAUCGGAAGAAAGUUGACGACGAAUUUCAGUUGGUGUUUCGAAAAGCGCAAGACGCGAUUAACAAAGGAAUUCAGCCGAGUUUGAUUCCCGAAGGGAGUUCUGGAUCUUAUUUUGUGUACGGAUUAGAAGGAGAAAUUCUGGGAGUUUUCAAACCGAAAGACGAAGAACCAUUCGCCUCUCUCAAUCCAAAAUGGCCAAAGUUUUUUCAGAGAAUGCUAUGCUUCUGCUGCUUCGGACGUGCCUGUCUCAUUCCAAACACCGGAUAUUUAUCUGAAGCGGCGGCAAGUAUAGUGAGUGAAAUGCUCCAACUGGAUGUUGUGCCGACGACUCGAAUCGUGAAGCUUGCGUCUCCUUCAUUCUUCUAUUCUCGAUUUUUCGGCCACUACGACGUUCGCCCCAAAGAAGGAAGCUUUCAGCUCUACGUAAAUGGAUACGAAAGUGGAAACACAGUGUUUGCACGUUGGAAUUAUGACAAGAAUCUGUUGAGUGAAGAAGAAGAGGCAAAGUUUCAACUUCUCUUCCAGAAGAUGUGCAUCGUUGAUUAUGUGAUCCGAAACACCGACCGUCACAUGGAUAAUCUUCUCGUUCGCCACGUGCCCGGACAUGAAAUCAACUUGGCUGCUAUUGAUAACGGAUUGGCGUUCCCAGUUCGGCAUCCGGAAUGUACUUCGAGAUUCCGCUCUUUCCCUUUCCGUUGGUCGAAUCUUCCAUGGGCGCAAGCUGAAUUCGAUCAGACGCUCCGUCGCCACGUACUCUCACUUCUCACACCUCAGUUUGUUCAUCGGCUUUGUGUCGAUUUGAAGAAACUAUUCCGCCACGGAAUCGCCAGUUCUAACUAUAUGCUCGUCAACAGCCAACUUCGCGUUGUUCGUGGUCAAAUUUGGAAUCUCCGACAGGCACUCAUAGCCAACGAAUCUCCUUGUGAUAUGGCUCGCCGCGAUCCGAUCAUCGUGAGUCGGAGUUCAGACAUCGAAAUGCGCAACCCACCACCGCAUCGUGGGAUGAUUGGUUUAUUGUCAAGUCGCCUAGCUACUCCAACCAGCAACUAUGCUGAAGUCACCACUACAAAGACGGCUAUCGAAUUUGUAGAAGAACCGAAAAAAGUACCAGAAGACGACAAUCUACUGAUUAACUUUUAG